UAUUUCCAGUUUUUGAAUGAUGACAAUGAGAUCCUUCAGGCUGAAGACCAACAUUCCAGGGACUUUCCCACUUUUCGUGUACAUUUUGUUGAAUAUUUUGACGAUUUUCUACCCUCUCAAGCUCAAAAUCCGCACAAUCCCGAGUCCACUGAGUCAGCAACAAACGAAGAAAAUCAAAAGCCACCACAAGAGUUAGAUGUUUCAAGAUUUCCUAUCAUUUCAAGCGAUGAAAUACAGGAGCUUAAGUCUGUCGCUUCGAAUAAAAAUACGUCCCGCUCCACAAAACAAUGGAUGAAUGUUUUCAGAAGCUGGUGUCAAUGCCGCCAUCUUGAAAAUGUCUCCAUCGAAACAAUGGCGCCUGAAAAACUUGACAAGGUCUUGAGUAAGUUUUACGCCGAGGUGAAAAAAAAGAACGGAGAUAACUACGAGCCAGAAUCCCUUAAAAUCAUGCUGAGCGCCAUUGAACGGUAUCUAAAGGAGAAGAACUAUCCAUUGAGCAUCGUGCGAUCGAGAGAGUUUCACUCCUCACAAGAAAUCCUCAAUGCGAAGGCAAUUUCCCUACGUCAACAAGGAAAGGGAAAGAGACCCAACAAAGCUCAGCCAAUCACACCUGAAGAAGAGUCAGCCCUGUGGGAAAAAGGUCAGUUGGGUGAUUUUAAUGGAAAGGUCUUGACCAAUGUCAACUUCAAAAAUUUGACAGAACUGGGAUUUCGUGGUCGCCAAGAACACUACGAUGCAUACGUAGAAGACGUAAUUAUAAGACAGCGAGAGGAUGGAACUGAAGUUGUUGAGUUCAGGGAAGGUCCCACAAAAACGCGGAGCGGUGGUCUCACCAUCAGGCGAAGAACAACACCACAGGCAAUGUUCAGCACCGAUGGCGGAAAAAGCGAUCCAGUGCGGCUAUUCAAGCUUUGGUUGUCCAAGCGACCCGAAGGAAUGAAGAACACAGGGCCACUCUAUCUUAGCAUCAUAAAUCGUCCUAAAUCAGCAGAUGUUUGGUACACCAAAGUUCGAAUGGGACAAAACACCAUCGGCAAUUUAAUGAAAUCCAUGGCCUCCUGUCUCAGGACGAAUAAGAAGCUGACGAACCACAACAUGAGGAAAACAUUGGUAUCAAAACUGAAGAAGUCUGGUCAACCGCGCAAUGUUAUCUGUGAAAUAACAGGCCAUGCAUGUGAAUCUUCGUUAGACGACUGCGAUGAAAUAGACGAGAAUCACAGGAAAGAACUGUCUCACAUUAUCAGUGGAUAUAAAGAAGUGUCAAACGAAAAUCAAGCAAACGAAGUCUCCCGCCAAAACACUGCAAAUGAAGCCUCAAAUCAAGAGAUUGCAGUGCAACAUAAACGAACACCUCUGGUUCCUAUUUAUCACGUCCAACAACAAGGCCAAAUGCAUCAGGCCAUGGGCUCCAAUCCUGGUUUUCAGCCGGCUGAAUUUUCAGGAUUUCCACCACGUUUUCCGUUGCAGUCUCAGUACCGCAUGGAAGCCUUCAGUUGUGCUGCUCCCGUUCCAUCGCAGAAUUACACAGGCUGCACCUUCAAUUUCUUCUCUAGAGAAAGCCAGAAUUCUCCACUCCAACCACAGAAGAAACGAAGAGCUUACAUCAUUGAGUCAGACGACGAGGACUGA